AUGAAGCUGGCCCGUGACAUAUAUCUUCGUAACCGAGACAAGGGGCUGCGGAGCGCCAUCGCCAACGGCCUGUUGCGUCGAGUCCAGGAUCCGGACGAAGGGGUGCGUGAUCUCGCACGCCAGAUAAUUGAGGAGAUCUGGUUUACGCCUUUCUAUGCCAACGAAAGCACGACAACAUUCGAGGCGGCUCUCGCGGAGCACGUAGCGCUAGUUAUACAAAUUGUGAAGACCAGGACAGUCACGGAGAUCCUGGGUAAGGUCCUCCAAAGUAUUGUGAGGCCGGACAACAGAUCUCUGGAAGGCCCCUUCACAGUCUGUUCCAGACUAGUGGGUAUCCUGUCUGGGCUUAUCGACAAUGCGGACUCGGCAGAUACAUUAGUUCCAUCAAGUUGCGAUGCUUUGCAGGCUCUCACAAUCUUCGCCAACGCCGAUCCAAAGCUGUUCACGCUUGAGCAUCUUCGCCUGCUCAAGCCGCAGCUGGCCAGGUACACCGGCCGAGACGAGCUUGUUGCGUUUCGGGCUGUCACAGCCAUUUACAAGAGAGUGCUGCCUCAAUUAUCAAGCGUCCAUGCACACUUCCUCACCGAAGUGAGACUACAGCUUCUUAAAGGGAUUGGCAAGAUCUCGUCACGCGGAGCUUUGGAUGAUCUCAUUGGUUGCGCGCAUACGGUCUGUGAGCUUCUGAAAGACUUGAGUCCCUUGGCCUACUUGAUGGCAUCGAGCCUCCUGGGGAUCCAGAACUUGGCCAACGCUCCGCUCGACAGUAAGCACCCCAAGUAUCUUUGCACGUAUGCAAUCAUUGUUGGGAGCGUCGGCAAACAUUGUGACCUCAAUAAGCAGUUACAUUUCUUCCGAGAGAAGUUCCCGCGAUGGAAAGGGGACUCGGUCCCGUGUCUGAUUGUGGACACCCUGUCACCAUUUGCGCUGCCGCCGCAAUCCUUGGAGGCGCGAAAAGCGGCUAUCGAAGCCAUUGGACUGGUUUGCCAAUCGUGGCCGCGGAAUUACGUCUUGCCUAAAGUGGAUACGGCCUUCCAGCACGUGUUCCAGGAUCGGAUCCCCAUCCUAGAAACCAUGAUUCUCAGAUCGUUUAAGGAGUUCCUCAUGGUUGAAGAACGGCGCUCUGAGGCGGGGACUACCGCAACUGCCGCCGAGAGCAAGAAAAAGGAACUGACUGUCAUGGGCGGAACGAACUUUGACGAUGUUGCAAGCGCCACGACGCAGCGAUUCCUAAAGGACAUAACGCGGAUCGCCCUUGGCAGUCAAGACGAACACGCGUUCUUGGCCAUGGAGGUCCUGGGUAGCAUCAACCGACAGGGCCUGACCCACCCGAAAGACACAGGCGUCACGCUAAUAACGCUGGAGACUUCUGCCAAACGCAAGAUUGCUGAGCUUGCCUACAUGGAGCAUCGAUCCUUAUAUGAGAAGCACGAGACACGAGACGUCGUCAAGGAUUCUCAUGGCGCAACCGUUGACCCUUUCCAAGCGAAACUGCACUUGCUGAUGCAGGUGCUCAAGAUCAGCAAGCCAAAGAAUCGGCAACGGUUCCUGGAAAAGCUCUGCAGCCAGACAGACUUUGAACUUUCCAAGCUCGAUGCUAUAGGGGAUCUACCGCCGCACGUCGACUUUUCCCGGUUCAUUAUCGAGAAUGUGGCCUUCUUCGACUACCAGACGGUUGGCGAGAUCCAGAGCGUAGUCAAUACACUGGAGAGGAUUGUGACCGGUACGGGAGCGACAGUGGCUCAGGCCAUUGAGUCUGAAGUUUUCAAUGUUCGGAUGGACGUUAAUGAACUGGGCCAGCCCCUAGACUCAAUUGCGCUAGGCCCCGUUACCGCCAUGUCCACAAGCGACCCGGCCAUGGGUGGACAACAAGUAGUUGCCUAG